AUGUUUCAGUCAGAUGUUUGGUCUUACGGAAUCCUUCUUUGGGAGCUGUUCACGCUUGGUGAUGAUCCAUUCAAAGAGUUUGAAACAGCGGAUAAAUUGACGAGUUUUUACGAGAGUGGUGGAAGGCUUCCGAAACCAGCGUUUAUGCCGGAUGACAUGUCGAGUAUAAUGUCACAGUGUUGGUUGGAAGACCCCACCGAUCGACCGACAUUUUCGAUGCUCAAAAAGAUGACCGAAAGUGUUCUCCGUGUCACAAACCCUCAGGUAAUGAAUGCACCAAAUACAAUGAAAUUCUUCUGGUUCAAGUCUACUGAAGUCCAUCACAUUGUUUAA